AUGGCUCCUGGAGCUGAUGAGAAGCCUGAAGUGAAGCCGGAUGUCUCUGACUCUGAGUCUGACUCAGACGACUCUGCUCCGGAGUUGGCUGAAGCAAAAGAUCAAGGUGACACUAAAGGAGCUGGACUAACAGAUGAUCUUCUCAGCCGCAGUAAGCAGUCUAGAAGCGAGAAGAAGGCUCGAAAAGCAAUGUCGAAACUUGGUUUGAAGCCUAUCCCUGGAAUUUGUCGCGUCACUAUAAGAAAAGCCAAGACCAUCAUGUUUGUUAUCAGUCAGGCCGAGGUGUACAAGUCCUCGGCCUCAGACACGUAUAUAAUAUUCGGAGAAGCUAAAGUCGAAGAUAUGUCAGCACAGGCCCAAAUAGCAGCUGCCGAAAAGCUCCGAAGUCAAGCAAUGGCCGGAUCCGGUUUGGGUGCUUCUGGUGUUCUCUCAAAAGAUGUGGGUGGUUCAAUCACAAAGACUGCCAUACCGGAGGAAUCUGAGGAUGAGGAGGAGCCUGAUGCCACGGGUUUGGGCGAGAAAGAUAUCGAGCUUAUAAUGCAGCAGGCCAGUGUUUCUCGUAGUAAAGCGAUUAAAGCUCUUCGGGAAAAUAACAACGAUAUGGUUAAUGCCAUAAUG